GGGGUAUUCAGUCGCCGGCCGAGACAAAUUAGAUUUCAAACAGAGACACUCUAUGGAUCCCUCCGCCGCCAACAGUCCUGAAUUGGUUCGCCUCCUUAAUGAAGAAGAGCAAAGAGUGAUGAUGAACGAAGCGGUGGCGAAGCUGACAAGCGUGUGUUGGGACAAAUGCGUUACAAGCGCACCGAGUAGCAAGUUCAGCUCGAGUGAGUAUUCAUGUCUCACACACUGUGCUAAGCGUUACGCUGACAUGAGUAUGGUCAUCAUCAGAAGCUUUCAGUCCAAGAAGUGACCUUUUUUUACUCCUUUUUUAACCACCUCCUUUGCCUCUUUAACUUAGUUUUUUUUUUUUUUUUACUUCUGGAAGAAUUAGGUAACUAUUUAGAUUGGAUUUAAAAACAGGGGUUGUAUUUAUGAUUUACUGAGAUUUGUAGAAACUUUAUCAUUAGAGAAUAACUUCUUUUUUUUUAUGAAAACUUGAUUAUUCAGACCUCUCAGUUAUAAUU